GUGCUACGCCUCCCUCUCCGGGUACGCUAGCGCCGUGCGCGGUAACGUUGCCAGGCUGGCGCGCGUGGCCAUCAGCGUCAGCCUGAACCACGCCAAGAGCAUGACCACGUACGUCGGCAACGACAACCUCUCCCCAUUGGCCGAAGGCGGCGGAGAGCACCGCGCGGUGGCGGCGAUCCGCGACUGCUCCUCCACCCUCGGCGACUCCGUCGACCAGAUCCAAGACUCGCUCCAACAGAUGAAGCAGCUCGGCGGCUCGGCCGAGGACUUGGCGUUCCAGCUCAGCAACGUGCUGACGUGGAUGAGUGCGGCCGAGACGAAUGAGGACACGUGUGUCGACGGGUUCGAUAACGUGGCAGAUGGGUCCCUUAGGUCUGACGUGUACGACGGUGUUGUGAAGGUCAAGCAGUUGACCAGCAAUGCGCUGGCUUUGGUUAAUGCCUUUGCUAAUAAGAACUCUCUUUUACUCUCCAUUAUCUUCCUCUUCACCCUUGCCGCCAACUCACCUCCGCCGUCGUCCGCCGCAGCCCGCCCCGCCCCGACGAAAGACCAGACCGGCUUCGUCGCCACCUUGUGCAGCACUACCACGGUACUCUACCCGAAGCUAUGCCGCGAGUCGCUCUCCCCCUACGCCGCCGUCGUGGACAAGAAAACCACCGUGCUUGCCCACGUCGCCGUCGUGAUCAGCCUGAAGAAAGCCGAUGCCGUCUCCGCUUACGUCGGGAACCUCUCGACGUCCACGGCGUUGAAGGAGUGCUCCGGCCACCUGCGGGACUCCCUGUACGAGAUGCGGAGGUCGCUCCGGCAGAUGAAGCGGCUGGCCGGCGGCGGCGGAGCGGCGGAGAGGAAGAAGAAGAUGGCGACGCGGGAGCUGGUGAGCGACGUGCAGACGUGGAUGAGCGCCGCCGAGACGGAUCAGGACAACUGUCUCGAUGGGGCCCGCGUCAACGCUGACGUGCAAGGUCAAGUUGCGGCUCUCAAGAUGUUGACCAGUAAUGCGCUCGCAUUGGUCAACGCAUUUGCGGGCAAGGUCGCCGGCCCAUGAUCACUGACUGGUCCGCGUCUCAGCCGAUCCGUUAGAAUGCUCCUUCCAAAUCCGGAGUAUUGAAAUUUUUUUUUGGCAGUACCAAAUGAUAACAAAUAUUUUCACUAAAUAAGACUAAAUUUAAGUCAUUUUCUGAAAUAACAUUUAAAUUAUGUUAUUUUUUAAAUAACAUUUAAUAAUGUCCAGAAGGAGAAAGGAGAAGAAUAUUUUGAAGGAAAAAUAAUGUCCAGUGAUGACUAAUAUUUAUUUAAAUAAUGACUAACGGAUAAUGACUAAAAGUGCUACACUGAAAAAAAAUGCAUAUGAUGCAAUUUAGGCAAAGUCAUUAUAUUUAAAUGUUAUUUAUGUAAAUUCCACUUGUCAAUAAUGCUACUUAUAGAUA